AUGAUCGAACCUCGACACAUUCAAGAUUACUCUUCGGCAUCAUCGCUGGAACCUCAUUGGGGAUACGCCGAUAGAGUAAUACCCUGUACAAAUGAUGCUGGAUCAUGUGAAUAUCUAGAUGUCGUAUAUCAUUCUCAUGAUAUUGGAAUGUUAUACUCAGGUAUAUUAUGGUCUACCAUCAUCUUGGGCUUACUACUAUGGGGUAUAAUCCAUCGAACUCAUUCUCCUUCUGCUUCCUCAAAAUCCAAUCGUUUAAUCAAAACAAUCAAUUCAGCAAUAAGGAAACAUCUUUUACCUGAAUUAUCAUCAUCGUCAUCAAAUCAAAAUCAAGAUCAAGAUCAAAAUCGACAUAAACAUAAACAUGUAAACAGGAUAACAAGAUAUUUCUUCGGUCGAACGACGAAAUUACAAAUUUUGUUACUAACAUGUAUAAUUGUUUAUUUGACGAUUUUUUCAUUUGUUGGAAUAAGAUAUAAAACAUGGAUUACACCCGUUAAAAAUUCGCCUGGUGUCUAUAAUACAAGAUCCAGUAUCGGACCAUUGGCAGAUAGAUUAGGUAUUCUGGCAUACGCUUUGACACCAUUAUCGAUUUUACUUGGAUCUCGUGAAUCUCUCUUAUCUUUAAUAACAGGUAUACCUUAUCAACAUUUCAAUUUUUUACACAGAUGGUUAGGUCAUAUAAUCUUAUUACAAUCUGUUUUACAUACUGUUUUUUGGUGUAUUGUUGAAAUCAGAUUAUAUCAACCUCAACCAUCCGUUGCCAAAGCCUGGAUCAUCCAACCUUACAUCAUAUGGGGUUUAGUGGCCAUGAUACUUUUAUUGUUAUUAUGGGGAUUAAGUACUUCAUACGCAAGAAAAGCAUUUGGAUACGAGUUCUUCAGGAAAGCUCACUACGUUUUAGCGAUGGUUUAUAUAGGAGCUUGUUGGGCUCAUUGGGCUCAAUUAAAAUGCUUCAUGCUACCUUCUUUGCUUUUAUGGUUGAUGGAUAGAUCUAUCAGAUUAAUCAGAACGGGUUUAAUUCAUUAUAGGAUAUUACCUGAUGGAAAAGGGAUAUUUCAAACUAUCUCAGCGAAAAUAACAAGAUUCGAUUCAGAUUCAGAUUCAGAUUCAGAUUCAGAUUCAGAUCUAGAUAUCGAUAUCAAUAGUAAUGUUAUAAUCAGAUUAGAUUUCGAUAAUCCCGAACCAUUAAAUUUCGAAAUCGGACAACAUUUUUAUAUAUGUUUCACUCAAGGUCACAAAGGUAUUUGGCAAUCACAUCCUUUUACACCAUUAUCAUUACCUGGUGAAUCACACGGAUAUAUAAUUCGAUCUAAAAAAGGCGAAACGAAAAGGAUAACACAAGAAAUUAAUGGUGAUACAACUCCGAUCAUCCUUACUGGUCCUUAUGGUGUGGAUAUCACAAGAGAUCUGGAUAGAGACGACAACGUACUUUGCAUCGCUGGUGGAACAGGUAUAACAUUUGUUCUACCAGUCUUACUUCAUCUAGCGAAAUUCGGUUUGACAAAUGGAAGGAUGGUAGAAUUGAUUUGGGUGAUUCGUCAUGAAAGAGAUACAGAAUGGAUCUCAAAAGAAUUAAAAAGAUUAAAACAAGAUGAAAAUAUCAAAAUUACGAUCAAAGUUACACGUGAAUUACCUUCGAAUGAAAUUUCAACACCCAUGACAGAAAGUAUAUUAUCGAAAGAUCUCGAUACACUUUACACCACCUCGGCAGGCGGAUCAACCAAUGGAAAUCUCGAUAAUGCUCAGAUGAUAGAUGCUGAAAAAGCAAUUGAGAAAGGGAUUGAACCUCAUCAUCGGCCAGAUCUAAGAAGGCAAGUCAGACGAUUCGUAGACGGGACUAUCAAUGGGUCAACGUGUGUUUAUGUUAGUGGACCAAGUGGGAUGAUCAGUGAUGUAAGGGAAGAAGUGGCUGCCUGUAAUGAUAUAAAGAGGGUUUGGAAGGGCGAUGAGAAAGCGGAAGUUAGGUUGAUAUACGAUGAUCGAUUAGAGUAG